AUGUCCAUGAUCUUCUUCGCCUGUGUUGUGCGGGUGAGGGAUGGACUUCCCCUCUCAGCCUCCACAGACUUUCAUCUCAACCAGGACUUUCUGGAAUGCAGGAAGAAAUUGAAGGCGUUAUCCUCGGUUCUGGCGCAGUAUCCGAGUCGAGGCACAGCAAAAGGACGUGACCUUAGCAUACAUUUCCUUUCUUCUGGGGAUAUUGCCUGCAUGGCAAUCUGUUCCAGCAAUUACUCAACCAUCAUGGCGUUUUGCUUCCUGGAAGAGCUUCAGUGGGAAUUUGCUGCUUCCUACGAUACAACAAGCAUCAGUUUAGCUUCCAGACCAUAUGCUUUUCUGGAAUUUGACAGCGUUAUUCAGAAGGUGAAAUGGCAUUUUAAUCGUGCCCGUGGCUCUCGAACGAAGGCCAACCGGGAGAAAAUUGAGGAGGAGCUGAAGUUCCAGCCCCCGGUUCAGCUGAAACUCGAGGAUCCGGAGCUGAUGAAUGGGACGGCGAACGGUGGGCGCGCAGGCGUUCAUGUGGAGGUUGUCCCAACUUACAGAAUGCAGCCUGUGACUCCCCUGGGGAUUCUGUCGCUUGUUCUGAACAUCAUGUGCGGAGCUUUGAACCUCAUUCGAGGUGUUCACCUGGCAGAGUAUUCGUUUCAGGAGGACCGUGAAGGAAUUGGAAAUGUGAUAGCGUUUCUCCUACCUUUUCUAGCCUGUGUUUUUCAGUGUUACUUGUACCUCUUCUACAGCUCGGCAAGGAAGGUGAAGACAUUUGCACUCUUUUUCUCCAUUUGUUUGUGCAACAUCUACUUGUAUGGAUUGCGGAACCUCUGGCAAAUAGCCUUUCACAUAGGAGUGGCAUCGCUUGCUUCUUAUCAAAUACUGACAAGGCAACUCGUGGAGAAACAGCCUGACUGUGGAGUAUGA